AGGAAGCCGAGACACCUCAAGGCAUGGCCCGCGGGUUGUCGCGGCACCGUGGCUCCGACCUGGGCGCCUUCAGCUUCUUCAUGAAGCGAGCCCAGAUGGAGGGCGAGGCCUCGCCAGGCUUUCACUUUGGCCUGGGCUCCUCCUCGUCGUCCUCGUCCCAGUUCUCCCCGCUGCUGCGGGACUUGAAGAGCGAGGACGGGCAGAAGCAGCUCCUCGCGCUGACGGAGCUGGCAGAGCAGCUGAGCUUCAGCUCGGAGGAGGCGUUGAUCUCCUUUCCCAUGGAGACCUUCAUCCCGCUCCUGGUGAACCUUUUGGGCAACCCUGGCAGCGACGAGACCACCGGACAGGUUAUGUUGCUCGCCUGCAGAUGCCUCUACAAUGUGGUGGACAUUCUGCCCCCGACGGCGCGCAUCAUUGUGGCGCACGGGGGGCUCUCUGUGCUUUGCGCCAAUCUGCUGAAUAUCGAGUACAUCGACGUGGCAGAGCUCACGGUCUCCACCAUCGAGCUCAUCUCGGAGGAUCAGCCUGUGCAAGUGCUGAAAGCAGGUGGCCUGGAGGCCAUCCUCACGUUCCUGGACGGGGAAACGAGAGAGGGCACGCGCCGCAUUGGGUUUGAGAAGACGGACUUCUUCCAGAUCUCGGUGCAGCGGCAGGCGGCCAACGCGGCGGCCGCCGCCUUGGAGGGGCGGGGGUUUGGAGCGGCGCGGCCACCAGCGGUUGGGAAAACCGGGGCUGAGGCCCUGAUGCUGCAGACGGUUCCGCCGCCGGAAGUGCUGCUCGACUGGUUUGAGCAGCACGUGAAGCCUGCACUGCCGACGCUGGCGCAGCUGAGCGGGCCUCAGACCUUGGAGCAAAUGACCUUCCGAUUGGAAACGUCCAAGCAGAGGUUUGCCGAAGAAAACGCCGGCCUAUGCUCAUGUUACAGCACUCAGAUCCGCAGGUUCUGCAUUCGAUCUGUGAAUGUUGGCGAAGAGUUAUCGCCCUGCGCCCAGUUCCCUUGCGCAAGCAGCUUCGAUGCCUUGAGAGAGGAGGAGGACGACGAAGACGAGGAGGAGGACGAGGUGCUGACUGUGCCUGCCCCAACCGCAGAGCAGGCGAUCUCCACAGAGAAGCUGGCGGCGAGCCUGCAGGCGAUGUGCCCCAGUAGCGUCUUGGGCAAUCUCAUGCUUCUGCUGGGCAACGGCAUCUCCAGCCCCAGCCAGCAGUCCUCGGUGGUGGGUGCGGAGGUGUUGCACAUCCUCUCCGUGCUGACGAACUACUCCCACGAGUUUGCGGAGGAGGUCUUGAAGCAGGACAUUUGCAGCCUCCUCCGGCAGAUGGUGCUAGGGAUGGACACGGGCAGUAUGCAGCUUGGCUCCGCGCAGGCGAGCUCGGGCCUCAUCCGAGUGCUUGCGCUGGUGGCCUCGCUCCUGCCCUCCGUGAUCCUCACAGAGAAUGGCUGCAUUUGCGAGGAGCAUCGGCUGGCGGUCUACAAGAACCACCCAGAGUUUCUGGAGGCGCUGACCGAUGCGUUCACGCCCAUGCUGAUGGAUAUUUGCCAGGCCUCCAUGGACCCGGCGGUGCAGUCCAUCUGCAUCUCGCUGCUGCUGACCUUCGUGCUUGCCAGCCCUGAGCGGCAGAAGCGCCUGGAGCCUUCGCAGCUCGCCGGGUUCCUGGCCAGCCUCUUGCUGACGGAGCCUUCGAGCUCAGUGACCUUGUCCUGCUUGCUCGUCACGGAGCAGAUGCUGGUGUAUCACGCGAGCGACUACGCGCUCAGCUUCAUCCGCCAGGGCGUGCUGCAUGCCGUGCAGCGGAUCGCUGCGCGAGAGGUCGCCCCGGAGGCGCCCAAGGCAGACAUAGCGUCUACGAACCAAGCAGGCCGAGUGGUACGUCGGCUCUGCAUUGAGGUCGCGCAGCGUGUGAAGACUCAACACUUCGCCUCCGACUGCCCCGUGCUAGUGCUGCGGCAGCUUCAAGAGGUGGCUGGGCAGCUGCAGGCGGAUCCGCAGGCCGCGCUGGAGCGGCUGCGGCUGCUGCUGGGGGAUUCCGUGACCGCCUUCGAGCUCACCAGCAGCGGUUUGUCGGGAGCGCUCGCGGCCUUCCUCUUCCCAGAAGGAUGUGACGAGGUCGUUUGCAGGGAGCGGCUCAGGCUUUUCCUUGAGCAGAUCGUGGCUCCACCUGGAGGAGCCUUGCUGAAGCUGGUGAAGCUUUGCGUGUCCGCCUUGCAGCGAGCGGAGCAGCAGCCUCUGAUGCUCUUCCCGACCCAGGCGUGUCCGGCGAUGUACCUGCCGCGGCAUCUGUGGCUGGCGACCUUGCCGGCCCAACGAGAGGUGGACGGCAUGCGGCUCGGCUCGAGGAGCUCCGGCGCUAGCUCGCCGCUCCUCUCGGUGCUGCGGCUGCUGGCAAAGCCGGUGAAGGAGGCCAUCAUCAAGCCACAGUAUUUUCACGGAGGUCAGCAUCCAAUCGACCAAUUGCCCGACAUGCAUCAGUGUCUGAAAGAUGACAUGCACAAGGAUUUGCCGGAGGCACUUUGGAACGCGGUUGUGGGAAAUUGGGUCUUGGAGCCACUCCCUGGACCUGUGAAGGCCAAGGUCCAGGUCGUCGAUGCAGAGGAGGACGUGAGCGCGGACGCGGAUGCUGAGGAUGCGGAAGGUGCAGAGGAGGCCGAGGAGCCGGUGGAUGUCCGGGACCACAUGCCCUUCGGCAGCAGCUCCUACUUCGAGGACGCCACUGGAGAGGAUGAGAACUGGCAGCUGGAGUGGCCGCUGGGCAUGCCGGGCAGCGAGAGCCAGGCGGAGAGCCAGAUGAGUCCCACGGCGGAGAUGGUGGAGCAGCUCUCCUAUCCAGAUGUAGAGGGUGACGAGGAGAGUGAGAGAUGGGCUUCCCCUGGCGAAGUGGUUGAGGAUCUCAGGCCGCGGCCGCCCGAGCUGGACCUGGACGAUCUAGAGGCGCCAGUGCAGGGGGUCCAGAGCGCAGUGAGCGAGAUGCGGAGCGUCAGCAGCCCGGAGUCCCCGAAGAUGACCAGCGUGCACUUCGUGGAGAAGCGGCUCUCCGUGCGCAGCAACAGGAGCUCCGUGGGCUCCAUCCGCAGCUCCCGAGCGGAUCAGGAGAGCCUUGAGAACAUGUACGAGGACCUCAAGAGCCGGUUCCGCCACACCCGGGCCUCCAUGAAGUCUUUGGGCUCCCUGGACGUGCGGAGGAACGUCACCUCCAGCAUGGAGAGCGGGCGCUCGGCCUCGAGUGCGACCCCCACCUCCCACCUCCUCUCCGAUUUCCUGCCCUCGGCCGUCAAGGCGCGGAGGGCCAUGUUCAUCGCCGAGGCCAAGGGCAUCCCAGACACCUCCGAGCGGGGUCGCAGCCUGAAGAAGCUGCGACCGGCCACCUGCAUCCGGCCCCCGCGGUCUAGGCCUGUCUCCUGGGUGGAGCGCAAGAUGCACGUCAGCGAGAUCCGCACGGCGCAGAUGGACUUGGGAUGGGACAUGGAGGGCCACUUGCCGGAGCUGUCGCAUGCGGCCCCGGGCUUCCUCUCGGCCGCGCACCUCCGGUCGGAGGAGUACUGGCGGGAUUUGCUGGGCUUGGACGACGAGCUGCAGGUUCCCUUCUGGUGCGUGCAGAGCGACGCCUGCGGUAAGUUCAUGGCAGCCUGCAUCGUGAUCUUCGUGCUGGUGGUGGGCCACCACGACAAUGACGACCUGCCCAGGUGGGCAAAUCUCACGGUGCAGUUCAUCUUGGCCACCAGCUUCGUGGAGAACAUCAUGCACCUGGUGAACACCUACUACGGGGCCCCCUUCAAGAAGCCGGAGGACCGGACCAUUCUGAUCCUGGACACCAUUGCGGUUUGGAUGUCCACUGCGGAGGUCUGGGUGUUGCCCCAGGUCCUGGGCUCCGGUUUGCACUUCUCCCGCAUCGUGUGGCUGGUGCGGUUCCUGCGCGUCUUGAGCAUGAUCGACUCUUUGCGGGAGCUGACGCUGGGCGUCUUGGACGCCCUGCAGGGGCUCUUCUGGGUGCUCAUUUUCCUCUUCAUCUUCGUCUACGCCUUGGCUGUGGUACUCACGCGCAUAGUGGGCCACGUGCCGCCCGCCGAACAAGAGGCGCCGGCGGUGCAGGAGGUGCGGGCCAUGUUCUCCAACGUGGGCAACAGCAUGUUCUACCUCUUCCAGCUCACCAGCCAGUGGAGCCUCGUGCCGCUCUUCCCGCUCCUCAAGGCCUCGCCCAUCACGUGCGUCAGCUUCACGCUGUUCUACAUCUACAGCGGGUGGGUGAUUGUGGCUGUCAUGACGGGCACCGUGAGCUUUACUAUGAUCUCCUUCAAGGAGCGCAUGGUACAGGACGACGAGCUGCGGGAAGAGGAGAAGCGGCACUUUGUGAAGCAGGUGCUCUCGGACAUCUUCGAGCAGUUGGACGAGGACGGCAACGGGGAGCUGGACUACGAGGAGUUCCAGGCCUUGCUGAAGUCCAAGGAGGUGCUGAUUUUGCUGUCCGACAACACGGACAUCAAGAUCCAAGACCUGGAGGACAUGUGGCAGUGGAUCGACACCGACAAGAGCGGCUCGGUGACCAUCGCCGAGUUCUUCGAGGGCUUCGAGAUGCUGAACGAGCCCUUCCGACAGAAGACGCUGCUCAAAGUCCAAGAGCGCGUGAGCGGGGACAUCCAAGAGUCCAUGAAGAGUCUGGAGCGGCUCGUGGUGGAGAGCCUUGACGACUGUUGCCACGCCAUCUACAUGCCCAUGAUGAAGAUCCACGCAGUGCUGGAGCAGGUGCAGGUCCAGCUGCUCACCACCAUGGAGCUGAAGCAGCAGGUUGGCUUGGUGCCGGUGCAGGAGGACACAGAGGAGGAGGCGCUGAUCCACGAGGCGCUGGCGCCUUUGGGCGGCAACCAGGGCCCCAGCUUGAUCUCCGUGGAGGCCUUGAUCGAGGAGCAGCUCAGUGAGGCCCUGGAGCGCAUCGCCCGCUUCAAGGCGGAGACCUGUGUCCUGGGCGAUUUCCAGUUUCGGUCCAAGAUCCGGAUGAGCCCCCGCGGCGGCGUGCUGGGCUCGUCCUUGCCCAACUUCAAGUCGCUGCUGCCAUUUGGAAGCUUCGAGGGACCGCCAGAGGCCAGGAACAAGGCCAUGGCGAAGCCCGGGGCCGUGCCCGGACGUGGCGCUCCCCGUGGCGCUGGACAAGUCUCAGCCUCACCGGCGGCGCGGCUCCGGAACUACCUGGCGUCGAAGGUGAGCCGGAUGGAGCAGAAUCAGGCCGCGUCGGCGGCGCGGGGUGGCCGAGAGGGAGGCCUUGCCAAGCGGCCUGAGACUUUCUUGGGGGUGAGAGCUGAGGAUAGCUCUGGCAGCCGGGAGCAGCUUACAGAGGCCUUGGAGACGGUGCUUCUGGUGGAACCCUUUGCGCAGGUGUCUGCGCUGGAGGACUACAUCUUUGAGAGGCACGGAUCCAAGGCCAGCGAACAGCCAGGAGAUGGCACCGGUAGCGAGCCGGCUCGCGUGCGAUUGCUGGGGGCUUAG